UUCAUGAACACGUACUGCUCAGAAUCAGGACGGUGUCUGUGUUGUGUGAAGGGCGAAAAAUGUAAUAAUGUGACUUUUACGCGAGUUAACUCACUCUACUGAUCUGUCACUGACUUCCUUCUUCUUCAGACGGGAUCACUGAGAGAUCAGACCCCGUCAGACACUGUGAAGCCACGGGCUGUCGUGAUGUCGGAGCCCAAAGCGCCCACCCCGGCCCCUGGGGACACCUAUAAAGGCUGGCUCUUCAAAUGGACUAAUUACAUAAAGGGAUACCAAAGGCGCUGGUUCGUCCUCAGCAAUGGCUUACUGUCUUAUUACAGGACCCAGGCGGAGAUGGGUCACACAUGCCGGGGCACCAUAAACCUGGCCACAGCCAAUAUCGCCGUGGAGGACUCCUGCAAUUUCGUCAUCUCUAAUGGUGGCACGCAGACGUAUCACCUGAAGGCCAGCUCGGAGGUGGAGCGGCAGCGGUGGAUCACAGCACUGGAGCUGGCCAAAGCCAAAGCUGUCCGCAUGCAGCCUGAAUCAGAUGAGUCUGGGGAUGACUCCACUCCUCCUGCAUCAGGUCAGGGUGCAGGCUCACGCAACUCAGAGGUGCAGUCCACCCUCCGGACGCUGAGCAGCAAGGUGGAGGAUCUCAGCACCUGCAAUGACCUCAUCGCCAAACACGGCUCUGCUCUCCAACGGUCCUUGUCUGAGCUGGAGGGAGUUCGGCUGGGAGGAGAGACUAGUGAAAAGUUUCGACAGGUGACGGAGCGAGCCACUCUCUUCCGCAUCACCUCCAAUGCCAUGAUCAACGCCUGCCAGGACUUCCUGACGUUGGCUCAGACUCACAGUAAGCGCUGGCAGAAAGCCCUGCAGUCCGAGAGAGAGCAGAGAGUGCGACUGGAGGAGACACUGGAGCAGCUCGCCAAACAACACAACCAUCUGGAGAGAGCCUUCAGAGGAGCGACCGUACUGCCUUCAUCCCAGAGCAACCCUUCCAUAGAUAGCAAAGGCCCAGUUCCAGUAAAGGGUGAUGCCAGUGACGAGGAUGACGAGAAUGAGUUCUUCGACGCAUGCGAGGACGUUCAAGAGUUCAUCACUGUACCAGCAGACCCCAAAUAUCACAGGAGAUCCGGCAGCAAUGUCAGUGGAAUCAGUAGCGAGCUGGGAAUGGACGAUGGGACGACGUCGCUAGACGAGCAAUCUCUGGCAUCCAAUCCCGAAUCUCCACAGUCCCAGGAACUAGUGCCUGUGAGAAAGAGGCGGAGCCGAAUCCCAGAUAAACCAAAUUACUCUCUCAAUCUAUGGAGCAUCAUGAAGAACUGUAUCGGAAAAGAGCUCUCCAAAAUCCCUAUGCCUGUAAACUUCAACGAGCCCCUGUCCAUGCUGCAGCGUCUCUCUGAGGAUCUGGAGUACUACGAGCUGCUGGACCGGGGCGCCAAGUGCCAGAACUCUCUGGAGCAGAUGUGCUACGUGGCAGCUUUCACCGUGUCCUCUUACUCUACUACAGUUCACCGCACGGGCAAACCCUUCAACCCUCUGCUGGGCGAGACAUUCGAGCUGGACCGCGUGCAGGAGAGCGGCUACAGGUCCCUCUGUGAGCAGGUAAGCCAUCACCCUCCGGCUGCAGCCCAUCACGCGAUCUCCGAGCGAGGCUGGACCCUGAGACAGGAGAUCGCCCUGGCCAGCAAGUUCAGGGGAAAAUAUCUCUCCAUCAUGCCCCUGGGUUCUAUUCAUUGUAUUUUUGAGAAGAGUACCAAUCACUACACCUGGAAGAAAGUCACAACCACAGUGCACAAUAUCAUUGUCGGGAAACUCUGGAUAGAUCAGUCAGGAGAAAUAGACGUUGUGAACCACAAAACAGGUGACCGCUGUCAUCUCAAAUUCGCACCGUACAGCUACUUCUCCAGAGACGUGGCCAGAAAGGUCACGGGGGUGGUGACGGAUAAAGAUGGGAAAGCGCACUAUGUUCUGUCUGGGACGUGGGACGAGAAGAUGGAAUACUCUCGUGUGAUGCAGAGCAGCAGAGGGGGAGAGAACGGCGCUGAAGGACGACAGAAAACCGUCUAUCAGACGCUCAAAGCCAAAGAACUGUGGAGGAAGACUCCGCUGCCGGAAGGCGCAGAAAACAUGUACUACUUCUCGACCCUGGCGUUGACAUUGAACGAGCCGGAGGAGGGCGUUGCUCCCACGGAUAGCAGGAGGCGGCCGGACCAGCGUCUGAUGGAGCAGGGCCGCUGGGAGGAGGCCAACGCUGAGAAACAAAGACUGGAGGAGAAGCAGCGCACCGUCCGCCGAGAGAGGGAGCGAGAGGCCAACCGCACCGCCAGCCCUUCAGAGGAGGGUAAGGAGCCAGCGGACGGGGCUCUCAUUGAGGACUCCAUAUCUGAUUCGCCUCUAAAAACCGAAGAAGUGGAGAUUGCCAGUGAGCCAUCUGAGACCACUUACAAAACUGACACAGAUGAAACGUCCUCCGAUCUUUCGCUAUCAACUGAAACACUGCACGGCUCACACCCACCUGCAUACUCAAUGGAGGGUCCUUAUGGAGCUCAAGUCAAAAGUGGUCAUCAGGACAACUACACGCCGAUGUGGUUUGAGCGGCUCGUCGACCCGAUGACCGGAGAGACCACGCACAUCUACAAAGGAGGAUACUGGGAGGCCAAGGAGCAGGGCAGCUGGGACUCCUGCCCAGAUAUCUUCUGAUCCCAAUCACGCACAUGCCCCGCCGUGCCCUCACUGUCCCGUUUCCCAGAAAAACAAAAAAAUGAAAGCUCAAUCAGCCGCCCCCAUCUCUUUUCCCGUAUCGUAGUAUAUUGAGAUACGCGUUCUCUCUUUCACCAGCCGCGCUCUACUCAGUGGACACUAAGGAACACCAAAGUGGUUCGGGAACGUUCUCCCACCACCAUCCACUGUGUGUCUAUCCGUUUUCCUCGUGUUCACAGGAUUAUUAAAACAUAGGGUUCGUGGUUCAGUAAAUGCUAGAGUUAGGAAAACAUAUCCUUCCGAAUCCCUUUCCCGCUCACUCAUCUUCCUCAAGCUGUGGACGGCACAUCCUUAAACAUCCGGGAAAUACGAAGGCCUGUCUGUGUGUGUGUGUGUGUGUGUGUGUGAGUGAGUUCAGAGAAGUGCUGUAUUGCUCUUUUCAUUGAGCGUGUUUGUGUGAGAGAUGUAGUUUGAGAGCUCGCCUUAGUUUGAGGAAUUUAAAGGAAUGGUUUGCACAAAUAUGAAAGAUCUGUCAGUGAUUACUCACCACCUUAUUUUUUUUAUUUGCAAAAUAUGCAGCUCUUUUCUAUACAACGUCCACUUGUCAUACACCAUAAAAAUAGCGAUUUGUGUUGCUAUAUUCCAGGUCUUCCGUAUCUAUGUGCUAGUUUUGUGCAGGAAAUUUUACACAACACUUGUUUUAACUGGAACAGCAAUUACGAGAGACGAGAACCAGUGAUGUCUUAGUCAAUAACUUGAUGAGAUGUCCGAUCUUCAAUGAAGGGGAAGAUUAUCACUGAAUAACAAUGUAAAGUUCAGUCUUUUCUUCACACUGAGCCAUUGUAUUACUUAAAAUAUAAUCUACAAGUCAAGUCCUAUGCAUCAUUUUAUGGUGCUCUUAAGUCAUUAUUUUGGUCCAUUUAGGAGCUUGACAGGCUGUAAACUGUUCUAUAGAAGAGAAAAAUCAUGAAAGUAGUCUAUGUGAUUUAUGUUAAAUUAUGUCUGAAUCUAUACUGUAGAUUUGUGCAUGAAAUUCUCCACUUUAAACUGGUAUGACAAUUACGACACAAGAAUCGUUGGGGUUUUGUUGAGCCAAUGUCAAGGUGCACAAUUUUUUGAAACCAUUAGCAAAUAAGAUUUCAGAGCUUUGGCAGAUGGAAAGAUUAUCAUUGAAUAACAAUGUCAAUUUCAGUCUUUUUGCUCUCACAACAAGCCAUCGUAUUACUUGAAAUAUACACACAAGUCAUAGGGAUGACUAUUUGGAGCUUGACAGCCCAUGAAUUGUUCUACAGAAAAAAGAAAACCCCAUGAAAGUAAUUUCUGUGAGUUGUGCCGAUAUAUUACAAGUCAUCUAAUUUUAUAUGAUAGUUUUGUGCAAGGUAUUCUUCCUGCAUUUUAUAAUUGGCAUGCCAAUUAUAAUACGCAAGAACCAAUAGCAUUCUGGCCAUCAAGCCGCACAAUUUUUGAAACGCUUCACAAAUGAGUUGUCACAGCUUUGGCAGAUGGACAGAUUAUCAGUAAAUAACAAAGUCAAUUUCAGUCUUUUUAUAUUACUUGACAUACAACACACUAGUCAUAUGCUUACUUUUAUGGUGAUUUUAAGUCAUAUAUUUUGGACCUUUUUUUUUUUACCAACAAUGUGGGUUUGAAUGACCCAAAGGCGAGUAAACGGUGACAUCAUUUUCAUUUUUGCAUGAACUAUUCCUUUCAAUCCCAUCUUAUCUGUACAGUUCUCUCAAUCAUCCUGCUUCUAAUGAGGGACAAUGUAAGCAUCAUUCAGAUAUUCUUAUUAACACUCGCUAAAAUCACUUAAAAGACUAAUGUAUUGUCCAGAGCGUGUUUAUAACCUCCAGAACAGCAUGUCUGUUGAUGCUCACGAGCGAGUGUGCUGCUUUAAGCAAGAGAGCCAGAUAAAAGCAUCCGUGUAGCCAGAGGAAGAUGCUUCAUUGCUUGAGUUUAGCUUCAGUGUUUGAAACUGACAAGUCGCUGUGACGUGUAGUGUACGUGACACCAAAGGAUCUACCCGUUUGUUGAUGUUCCCCUGGACAGUGUCCACAAACUGAAGAGCUUGAGUGUGUGUGUGUGAGUAUGAUUGUGUGUGUGAGGUCAAGGGAGUAUCAAACCAGUGUGUGUGAUCAUGAGUGACGUAUUUGGGCUUUGUUGUAUUUCCAAGUGAAACGAAAAAAGAAAAAUCACAUUUUAUUUUCAAGUGUACUUAAACACAUGUGUGGGGAAAAAACAAUAAGAAUACAGCAAUGCAAAAACAUUGACUAUUUGUGUAUAUAUAUAUCAAAUAAUGAAGUAGAAUAUUCUUACUAUUAAUACCAAUCCUUCUUAUGCUGACACUGACAGCUAGAGUUAUAAUUAUGAUGGUAAUUUUGAUGUAGUUUGAGGGUUCAGCACAAUUAUUUAGAUUUUUAUCUUUUUUGUCUGUUUGAUAUGGGAAGACACAACACAUUCUUGUUUGCUCGUUGUCCUUGAGUGGAUUCAAACUAAUGGAAAUUUUAUAUAUAUGUAUGUAUAUCUAUCCCAUCAUCCUCCUGUUCCGUUAAAACAGCAGUUUUAAUGUGAGUGCACAGUUCUACUGCUGUUUGUUAUAACUGCAGAAUCUCUUUUCUUGGUUUGCAGUCUUUUAUUUGUACAACUGUUGAACUUGUUCUUUCUUCUUCAUUUGAUUUCUUUGACUUUCAUUCUUUAAGUUGGUUGGCGUUCUUCUUUUUGUUUUGUCCUGUUGGUGUUGUCCCUCUCUUGGUCUCUGAUCAUUGUGUUACAGCACAGAAUUGCUCUUGACUGUGGUCAUGGUGCAGAUGAUAGUGUAAUAAAAGCUGGUUUGAAAAGGAAA